AUGAAUCUCCUCAGGGCCCUUGCUGCUACUAUGGCACUUUUAGCCGGACAGACCGUCGCCUCCGAUGAAGAUGCAACCAAUCCCUCCGAUCUCCAGGCCCGGGCCUGCGUUGCCAUAAGAGUAUGCCAGGGCUUUGACUUCAAGGGACCAUGCUACAAUGAAUGCCUCAAACCAUCGACACUGCACGAGAUUCGGGUUGGAUUCAAGAAGAAUGCCGGUUCGUUUGCGGUAGAUACCAAGGGCUUCUUCUGUACUGUCGGAACUCCAAACACCGUCACGUGCUCAGGCAAGAAAUAUCCUGGCUUCAAGAGACUUCCUGAUUACUGCAUCAACAACAUAGAGGCCUACCAAUGUAACCCGGACUCGGACUGA